AUGGACGGCUAUGUACCUCGAUCGACCUCACGGCCAAGGCCUUCCUCCCGCCCAACUACCCCUCUACGACCCAGCUCCCGCUCUUCCCUCCGAGAAGCCCACGGCUACGGAAAUAGCAUUAGCAAUGCCGGAUACACUCAACCCGCGAUUAAUGCCCUAGAGCCGCAGUUUGCGGAGCUUGCCGACUCUAUGGCAGACUUGGAGGCCAACUUCAUGCAUCUCCAGCUAAUGCAUGAGAGCCUAACGCGCUUCAGCGAUAGCUUCGCCAGUUUCCUGUACGGCUUGAAUAUGAAUGCGUUCUGCGUGGAUUUCCCCGAGGCCCCAAUUGCGGAUUCUUUCCGGAGAGCGAAACAGGCAGAGGAAGAAAAAGAGGCUGAGAGCGAACCUGCCCGACCGGCCGAUGAUGGCGAAAUGACUUUCUUAACGACGGACACCUCCUUUGUCGAGCACCCACCAAGCAUGGUUUCCUCCAAACCUACAUCCAAAUACUCAACACGUGGAACAGUACGCGGUACAACACGCGGUACCACUCGAGGUACGACGCGAGGCGCGGCAACAGGCCGUUAUACCACACGAGGUUCCAGUUCCAGCAGUGCGCGACCGAGUGCUCUCCCUCGAGGCCGCGGUAUUCGGUAA